AACAACACCAUUACUUCCUCCUCUUUCUUUGAUUUCUCUCCCCUUCUAUCAAAUGGAAAUCAAGACUCUCUACUUCCUCCUCAUGUUGCUAAUUCUUGUGUCGUAUCCUUCCCAAGUCAUUGGUGCCAACCAGUCACAGUUCUUCACUCUCAUGAAAUCAUCUCUAUCAGGAAAUGCCCUGUUUGAUUGGGAUGUUGCCGGAGGGAAGCCUUGCAAUUUCACAGGCAUUAGCUGCAAUGAUAGAGGGUAUGUUGAAAAGAUGGACAUGUCUGGGUGGUCUGUAUCUGGCAAUUUUCCAGAUGAUAUAUGCUUGUAUCUACCAGAGUUACGUGUUCUUGAUCUCGGCCAAAACCAACUUGGUGGCAAUUUCAUUAACAGCAUGGCCAACUGCUCUCUCUUGGAAGAACUCAACAUGCAAAGUGUUUACCUAAGAGGAGAACUUCCAGAUUUCUCCAAAAUGAAAUCUCUGCGCAAACUUGACAUCUCAUACAAUCUCUUUACAGGUGAUUUCCCCAUGUCGAUAACUAAUCUUACCAAUCUUGAGGAGAUUAACUUUAAUGAGAAUGAUAAAUUGAACUCAUGGCAACUACCGGAGAACAUUUCCAGGCUGGCAAAUCUCAAAGUUAUGGUCUUCACAACAUGCAUGUUGUAUGGUCAGAUCCCACCAUCAAUUGGAAACAUGACAUCCCUUGUUGAUCUCGAAUUGGCUGGCAAUUUCUUCACAGGUCGGAUUCCUACAGAGCUUGGAAUGCUGAAGAACUUGCAGCUGCUUGAACUAUACUAUAACGACUUUUCUGGAACCAUACCUGGGGAACUGGGAAACCUGACCGAGCUUACGGACGUGGACAUGUCAGUUAAUAGCCUGGUGGGAAGCAUUCCAGGGUCUCUAUGUAGGCUUCCAAAACUUCAAGUACUGCAUCUUUACAACAACAGCCUCACAGGAGAAAUCCCAAGUGCAAUUGCAGAGUCCACAACCCUGACAAUGCUCUCACUAUACGACAAUUUCCUUACAGGGCAAAUUCCACAAAAUUUGGGGCAAUCAUCACCUCUAGUUGCUCUAGACUUGUCCGAGAACCAUCUAUCCGGUCCGCUGCCAGCGGAAAUCUGUCGGGGAGGUAAAUUGCAGUACUUUCUUGUUCUUAAAAACAUGUUUUCUGGCCAGAUCCCGGACAACUAUGCAAACUGCGAGACUCUUCUACGGUUUCGAGUUAGUAUGAAUCGUCUGGAGGGAUCAAUACCACAAGGGCUUCUAGGUCUCCUUCAUGCCUUCAUCAUUGACCUGAGUUACAAUAAUCUGACUGGUUCAAUGCCAAAUUCAAUUGAAAAUGCAAAGAACUUGUCAGAAUUGUUCAUACAGAACAACAAGAUUUCAGGUGUCAUACCGCCUGAAAUUUCCCAAGCUAUCAAUCUGGUGAAGAUUGAUCUAAGUAACAACCUCCUGUCUGGUCCAAUACCUUCAGAAAUUAGCAAUUUGAAGAAGCUAAAUUUAUUGAUGUUGCAAGGUAACAAGCUUGAUUCUUCCAUUCCCAACUCACUUUCCUUGCUCAAAUCUUUGAACGUUCUUGAUCUCUCCAACAACUUCCUGACUGGGAAUAUCCCAGAGAGUCUCUGUGCUUUAUUACCAAACUCCUUAAACUUUUCAAACAAUAAGCUUUCCGGUCCAAUUCCUCCGCCAUUGAUUGCAGGAGGGUCAGUAAAAAGCUUUUCAGGCAACCCAGGUCUCUGUGCUCCAGUCCAUGUUCAAAAUUUUCCCACUUGUUUGCAUACUUCCCAGCAGAAAACACUAAUUUACAUCUGGCCAGUUCUGCUUACAGCCCUUUUGACUGUUGUUGGAGUACUCUUGUUACUAAAACAUUGGUACAACAAAGAAAGAGCUGUGAUAGAGCAUGAUGAGACCUUGUCUCCAUCCUUCUUUUCAUGUGAGGUAAAGCACUUCCAUGAAGUAUGUUUUGAUCAGCGUCAAAUCCUUGAAGCGAUGGUUGAUAAAAACAUUGUCAGCCAUGGAGGAUCUGGCACAGUUUAUAAAGUUGAACCGAAGAGCAGGGAGGUUGUUCCAGGACCAAAUUCAUCAAGCAAAGCUUGUAACUGAUUUAGGACAGGGCUCUGUAGUAGAUGUGGCAAAGACUGUUUUAGUUACUAGAGUUGUUAAGUGCAUAGUUCAUCUAUGUUUCCACAAUAUAUAAGGGUGUGUUCUGAAUAAUUCUUCCUCUGUGUUUUCUCUUCUCAUGUGUCUUUGUUUCCCAAUUGUAUAGUGCAUAUCUGAUGAAACAAAAAGUUUUUUUUUUU